ACAACAGCCCCAGGCCUGGCCGCCCGGCCUCUCUCCACCCGGGGGAGGGAUCGAGGGAGGGCGGACGGCGGGACCGCCCCCGGCCCCAGCUCCAGUCUGGUCCCCAAGCGGCGCGCGGCCACCGCCGCUGCCAGGGGGAGGCGAGAGGCUCCUCCCUGGAGCAGAGAAACCAGUUUGUCCGGUCGGGCAGAGCGGAGGGAAAAGGGCUGCCGCCUAGGAAGGGCGCACGGACGCGGGGCGGGGGGGGAGAAGGCGGGGAGUCCUUGGCGAGCCACGAGAGCCUGAGGAGUCGCAGCCAACUGGACUGGCUUCGCGGGGCCCCCGGCCAGCCCCUGUGUGCCAUGCAGCGCUAGCGCAGCCGCAGCGCCAGGGCCGGGCGGGAGGUGGCCAGGUGCGCACCAGCCUCGGACGAGCCUCGGAGCUCAGCGCACCCCACGGAUGCCCAAGCCGGGGCCCAGUGAGCACUAGGAAGUUCCAAUUUGCCAGCAGAAUGAACACAGAAAGAGACUCGGAAACAACAUUUGAUGAGGAGUCUCAGCCCAAUGAUGAAGUGGUGCCCUACAGCGAUGAUGAAACCGAAGACGAACUUGAAGACCAGGGGACUGCAGUUGAACCAGAACAGAAUCGUGUCAACAGAGAAGCCGAGAAAAAGAGAGAGACAUUCCGGAAAGAUUGCACGUGGCAAGUCAAAGCAAAUGAUCGAAAGUUCCAUGAACAACCUCAUUUUAUGAACACCAAAUUCUUUUGUAUUAAAGAGAGCAAAUAUGCGAGUAAUGCAAUUAAAACAUACAAAUACAAUGGAUUUACCUUUCUACCCAUGAAUCUGUUUGAGCAGUUUAAGAGAGCAGCCAACUUCUAUUUCCUGAUCCUCCUGAUCUUGCAGGCAAUUCCUCAGAUCUCCACCCUGGCAUGGUAUACCACACUUGUACCUCUACUUCUGGUGCUGGGCAUCACAGCAAUCAAAGACCUGGUAGAUGACGUGGCUCGCCAUAAAAUGGACAAGGAAAUCAACAAUAGGACAUGUGAAGUCAUUAAGGAUGAUAUCCAGGUUGGGGAUGUAAUCCGUCUGAAGAAGAAUGAUUUUAUUCCAGCUGACAUCCUGCUGUUGUCCAGCUCAGAGCCUAACAGCCUCUGCUAUGUAGAGACGGCUGAGCUUGACGGAGAAACCAAUUUGAAGUUCAAAAUGGCCCUGGAAAUCACAGACCAAUAUCUCCAAAUAGAAGAUAACUUGUCAACAUUUGAUGGUUUCAUCGAAUGUGAAGAACCGAACAAUCGGUUAGACAAGUUCACAGGAACGCUGUUUUGGAGGAACCAAAGUUUUCCGUUGGAUGCGGAUAAAAUCCUGUUACGCGGCUGUGUGAUUAGGAACACCGAUGUCUGCCAUGGCUUGGUCAUUUUUGCAGGUGCUGACACAAAGAUAAUGAAGAAUAGUGGGAAAACCAGAUUUAAAAGAACUAAAAUCGAUUACUUGAUGAACUACAUGGUGUACACGAUCUUUAUUGUUCUCAUCCUGGUUUCUGCCGGCCUUGCCAUUGGCCACGCCUACUGGGAAGCACAAAUUGGCAAUUAUUCUUGGUACCUCUAUGAUGGAGAAAAUGCCACACCAUCCUACCGGGGCUUCCUGAAUUUCUGGGGCUACAUCAUUGUAUUGAACACCAUGGUACCCAUCUCUCUCUACGUCAGUGUGGAAGUGAUCCGUCUGGGACAGAGUCAUUUCAUCAACUGGGACCUGCAGAUGUACUAUGCUGAGAAGGACACGCCUGCCAAGGCAAGGACCACCACACUGAAUGAGCAGCUAGGGCAGAUUCAUUACAUCUUCUCUGAUAAGACGGGGACACUCACACAAAAUAUCAUGACCUUCAAAAAGUGCUGCAUUAACGGGAACAUCUAUGGAGACCAUCGAGAUGCUUCUCAACACAGCCACAGCAAAAUAGAGCUAGUGGACUUUAGCUGGAAUACAUUCGCGGAUGGAAAGCUUGCAUUUUAUGACCACUACCUUAUUGAACAAAUCCAGUCAGGGAAAGAGCCAGAAGUACGGCAGUUCUUCUUCUUGCUUUCCAUUUGCCAUACGGUCAUGGUGGACAGAAUUGAUGGUCAGAUCAACUACCAGGCGGCCUCUCCUGACGAAGGCGCCCUGGUAAACGCCGCCAGGAACUUCGGCUUUGCCUUUCUCGCCAGGACGCAGAACACCAUCACCGUCAGCGAACUGGGCACAGAGAGGACCUACAGUGUGCUUGCCAUUUUGGACUUCAACAGCGACCGGAAGCGGAUGUCUAUCAUCGUGAGGACCCCAGAAGGUAGCAUCAGGCUGUACUGUAAAGGCGCGGACACUGUGAUUUAUGAACGGCUCCAUCAGAUGAAUCCUAUGAAGCAGGAAACACAGGAUGCCCUGGAUGUCUUUGCAAGUGAGACUCUCAGAACCCUGUGUCUGUGCUACAAGGAAAUUGAAGAAGAAGAAUUUGCAGAAUGGAAUAAGAAGUUUAUGGCUGCCAGCGUGGCCUCAAGCAACCGAGAUGAAGCGUUGGAUAAAGUGUAUGAGGAGAUUGAGAAAGACUUGAUUCUCUUGGGAGCCACUGCUAUUGAAGACAAGCUGCAGGACGGAGUUCCAGAAACCAUUUCCAAACUUGCAAAAGCUGACAUUAAGAUCUGGGUACUUACUGGAGACAAAAAGGAAACUGCGGAAAACAUAGGUUUUGCCUGUGAACUUCUGACAGAAGACACUACUAUCUGCUAUGGGGAGGACAUCAACUCUCUUCUUCACACCAGGAUGGAGAAUCAAAGAAACAGAGGUGGAGUCUCUGCGAAAUUUGCACCCCCUGCGUAUGAACCCUUUUUUCCACCUGGAGAAAACCGUGCCUUAAUCAUCACUGGCUCCUGGUUGAAUGAAAUCCUUCUAGAGAAAAAGACCAAGAGAAGUAACAUCCUGAAACUGAAGUUCCCAAGGACAGAGGAGGAGAGACGGAUGCGGAGCCAGAGUCGGAGACGGCUGGAAGAGAAGAAAGAGCAGCGGCAGAAGAACUUCGUGGACCUGGCCUGCGAGUGCAGCGCUGUCAUCUGCUGCCGUGUCACGCCCAAGCAGAAGGCCAUGGUGGUAGACCUGGUGAAGAGAUACAAGAAGGCCAUCACACUGGCCAUCGGAGAUGGGGCCAAUGAUGUGAACAUGAUCAAAACUGCCCAUAUUGGUGUUGGAAUAAGUGGACAAGAAGGAAUGCAAGCCGUCAUGUCCAGUGACUAUUCUUUUGCUCAGUUCAGAUAUCUGCAGCGGUUGCUGCUGGUCCACGGCCGGUGGUCUUACAUAAGGAUGUGCAAGUUCCUACGAUACUUCUUUUACAAGAACUUUGCAUUUACUUUAGUUCAUUUCUGGUACUCCUUCUUCAAUGGCUACUCAGCCCAGACGGCGUAUGAGGACUGGUUUAUCACCCUCUACAAUGUGCUGUACUCCAGUUUGCCUGUGCUCCUCAUGGGGCUGCUUGAUCAGGAUGUGAGUGACAAGCUGAGCCUCCGAUUCCCUGGGCUGUAUGUAGUGGGACAGAGGGACCUGCUGUUCAACUAUAAGAGAUUCUUUGUCAGUUUGCUGCAUGGGGUCUUAACCUCGAUGGUCCUCUUCUUCAUACCGCUUGGCGCUUACCUGCAAACAGUGGGACAGGAUGGAGAGGCACCUUCAGACUACCAGUCCUUUGCCGUCACGGUGGCCUCGGCUCUAGUAAUAACAGUCAAUUUCCAGAUUGGCUUGGAUACUUCGUACUGGACUUUUGUGAACGCCUUCUCGAUUUUCGGAAGUAUUGCCCUGUACUUUGGCAUCAUGUUUGAUUUCCACAGUGCGGGAAUACACGUUCUCUUUCCGUCUGCAUUUCAGUUCACAGGUACGGCUUCCAAUGCCCUGAGACAGCCAUAUAUAUGGCUGACCAUCAUCCUGACGGUUGCGGUGUGCUUACUACCUGUCGUCGCCAUCCGUUUCCUGUCAAUGACUAUUUGGCCAUCAGAAAGUGAUAAGAUCCAGAAGCAUCGAAAGCGAUUGAAGGCUGAAGAGCAAUGGAAACGGCGACAGAACGUGUUCCGGAGGGGAGUAUCUUCCAGGCGCUCCGCCUACGCCUUCUCGCACCAAAGGGGCUAUGCAGACCUCAUUUCCUCUGGCCGCAGUAUCCGCAAGAAGCGUUCGCCCCUGGAUGCCAUCAUCGCUGAUGGCACGGCUGAGUACCGACGUACAGUGGAGAGCUGAGUGGCACUGCUCUGCUGAGAGACUCGAGAGCUGGGAAGAUGUUUUUUUUUUCUUUAAUGAACGACUCAGGACCUUUUUAAAAACAGACAAACAAACUGACAUUGUCACAGUGAUACUGAUGACAAUAACCUUUUAAAUAAUUGCUGUUAAGCAAUCGCAAAGCCAAGAGACCACCUGUUAUUCAGCAGAUUGUGUCUGCUGAGAUUCAAAGGGAACUUUUUCUUUCUUUUUUUUAAAUCUAGGCCUAAAGGAAGAUGGCAGAAUUUAGAAAAGUCUCCAUUUCAGCUGAAGGACACUACUACACUACAAAGUUAACAAAUAAGCUCUUCUAUCUGUGGCCUCAAGCAUGGAUUUCUCAGAUGCACUCUCCCCUACCCCACUGCUUGUCACCUUUAAAAACAGAAAAAAAAAAAUCUGUUUUUAAUCUAUGGGUGCAGUAACAAAGUGCUCCUAAUGUUAAUCACCUGACAGGAAGUGGUUUAAUGACUUUUUCAGACCUGGGGAUCAGGCUCCCUGUUUCUUUCUACCAACUUUCAAAUUUGAAGCAAGUUUCGUUGAUUGAAUGAUUAAGUGCAACGUUUCAGUUUCAUUCUGGUUUUGAUUAACUAGCAUGUUAAAUAAUGUAAAAUAAUGUAUUCCUUUUUUUUUUUUUUUUUUUUUUUUUUUUUUUACUAUUUGGUAUUUCCCUGUACUACCAAAUGGUUUGACUCCCUAUUUUAAUUUUUUCCAAAAAUGAUUUUUAAAAGCUGAGGACAUUAUCAACUAGUGUUAAGUUCCAUUUAGAUAAAAGAGAUAGACCGUGGCCCUUGUUGCUCUGUAAAGGGCUAUAGAUAAAGAUACUGGAAUGUGUAUUUCAGAAAUGCUGGAAGAAAGGGUUUGGAAUGUUUGCAACACAAAGUGAUAACUGAAAAGAUGGACAAACUGUGAUGUCAACAUUAUUCAAUAUACACAUGUUGAGGAAUACCCCUACGACGGGCUACUUUGUGGCAUGGUGGCAAAGUUGGGGUCUUAGGUCCCAUAGCAAUACAAAAGAGUAGAAACAUCACAUGGUGUCCCAUAAAUAUGUACAAUUAUGGGUCCCUUAAAAUUGACUAGAAAAGGACAGGACAAUGCCUGCUGAAAGUUUCUUUGUGGUUUCCCUUGGAAGACAACACUACUUAGCUCUUCUGAGCCUUGACCCUUUUUUUGUUUUUUUGGGUUUUUUUUUUUUUUUUUGGUUUUUGGUUUUUGGAGACAGUGUUUCU